AUGCCUGAUGGGAAAUGACGAGAGGUGGCGGAAGUGACGCAUUUUGUCAGCGCCAGCCGAGGGCAGCUGCUGCGCUGAGAAGAACUCGUGUGUGUCACUGGGAGAUUUUGAAGGAACAACUAUGGCGCCGGGUGGGCAGGCAGGGAGCAGCUCCGGUAGCUCCAGCGCAGUGACGCCUGAAGGGCUGCGAGGCUGGAUCCGAGGGGCUUACCGCUUCGCCACAGACCGCAGUGAUUUUCGCAGGAACCUCAUAGUUAACCUAGGUCUCUUUGCAGUGGGAGUUUGGGUAGCUAGAAACUUAACAGACAUCGAUUUGAUGGCACCACACCCUGUUGCAUGAUGGAAAUGAUGUGAAUGAAGUAUAUCUGCAUGAAGUCUGAUUCUUGUUGUAUGACCAAAUGAGUUGUGAUUGAUCAAUAUCUACGAAGCAGCUUCUACUUGAAGUAAUUGGAGGCAUCAAAGCAAGUAUGAAGGACUAGAAAAACUACCGAGGCUACAUUUUACCUGUAAUUUUUUUAUCAUGUUCAGUUCACUUGCUUGGGAGCAAUAUUAUUUGAGUCCAAGUAAUGUAGUACCUUGUGUUGUCUUUUCGCCAGAGGAAGUCAUUUAGAAUGUAAGCUCUUUUGCAGAUGAAAUUAGCUUCUAUACCCAGGAAUCUAACAGAUUCUGAAGUGUGAAAUAAAGACAUGCCAAUGCAUUGGACUUUUUCAUUUUAAUAGGAAACUUCAGCUUACAAAAACAAGGUAAAAAGAGUAAAGAUUUACAAAAAUCAUAAAAACAUGAUUCAUAUUUCACACUUAAAGAAGUAACAAGCCCCAGUCCUGUGUGUUUUUAAGUAGGCCAUGUUAACUAUUCAAAGGGAAAAUACAUUUUUAAAAGGCCUAGGUGAGCCUUAAUUAGGAACAAUUUUCAGCCAGCAUAACAGUUGUGUGGUGUUAAUUAUGAUUGUGUAUUGUAUGUGGAAAAGGAGCUGUUUGCUGUUGCAUAGCAUUGUGGUGUCUUGGACUGCUCUAUAAUGCCUCUGAGGUUAACAGGAAAUGUUUUUUUAAAAAAUCAUAUGGAUUGGGAUGCUGUGGGUUCUGCAGAAGAAUGCCAUUAUCAUUGCAGUGUGACUCUUAAAUUUCCCUUUAACAAUAAAAUUAUUAUUCUUUGUUAGA